AUGGCAAGGAAACAUCGUAAUGGUAAUGAUCAAGAAGACAUUAUUUUUCGAAAUCGUAAAUCAAUGUUUUCACAAUCAAGAACAAUAGUUAUUUUAAUAGUAGUUUUAAAUGUAAUAGUAGCUAAAUGUAGUCACAAUGAAACGGACGAAGACAUUAAAAGAAUCGAAAACGAAAUACCUAAGAAAUUGAAGAUUAUAGAAGCAAUAUCUGGUAGAGGUUUUGCUGAAAACGUAUAUAAAAAUGGAACCUUCAAAACUGGUAAUAUUUUGUGGGACAGUAUUUUAAAUAAGUGUACGUUGAAACCGUCAGUGAGCUGCCUACAAAAGAACUUUUACGCAUAUUUGGAUGAUAGUUUAGAUUUUAAUGGUGAUAUAAGUGUUGCUAGUGGUGUUUGUUUUAAGAAGAAUAAAGUGGAUUUAAAUAAGUAUAGUAAAGAAGCGAAUAUUAUCUACCUCACCGGCAGCAACGAGAAAGAAGAUCGAUCAAUCGAUGAAGAAAAUGAAAUCAAAGAUGACGAGGAGUCAGACACGCCGUUGGAAGAAGUAACAGACGCCUUAUACAACAAAGGAAUUAAAUUCCUGAUGACGCAUGAUAUGAAGCUUACGUUACCAGAGAUGAUGUUUAAUGGAGCAACGCUGAAAGUUUCUCCGAGGGCUUUGACCAAAACUGGCGCGCUCGUACACAUUGACUUGGAACCAAGACACGAUGAUAACGGUCAUGGGAGGAUAUUGUUUCAUAAAAUCAAGAAGUACAUAAAGAAAAAACUAGUAAUGGCAGCGUUAGCGAUUGUAUUAGUGGUGAAGUUGAUCGCGUUGAAGCUAGUGUUCGUGCUACCACUCAUACUCGGAGUUACCACCGCCAAGAAGAUGUUCUUGAAGAUCCUAUUGUUCUUAUUCCCAGCAUUGAGUCACAUAUUUAAACUUUGCUCGUGGUACCAUCAGAACUAUCACACCACGAAAUACCACCACCAUCAUCAUUUGAUCACUCAUCAUCAUAAGGUACCACAUUCACAUCAUCCUCACGUAUAUGGACCACCACAUGGCGCAACGGUUAUAAAGCAACAUACAGAUGGACCACCAGCUUCCUUUGAACACUAUCCACAAGAUUGGGAACUCUCUGGACCAGGGCUUGGCAGCGAAUAUUUAUCAGACAUUCACCGUAACGCCAUAGCAACUUUCAAACCUCAGGAGAAUGACGCCAAUGAUAUCAACGCAUGGGGUCUCGGUCUUCCUCCAGGAUUAUCGUUAAACGUUGGAGAGUUAGCUAGCGGCAACACCAUAGUACCUAAUAUACAAAAACCUAAUAAUGGUCAAAAAAUAGCAGUCGCAAAUAGUCCUGGAAGACCCGUGGGGCCGUUACCGCCAGCCCCGAAUCCAUAUUACAGACACAAAAAAGUCGCAACACGAGAUCCUACAAAUGCCGAAAAGGAAGCCUUGAUAAGGGCAGCAACCCUCGCGGCUCGGGCACCCCCCUCCCCAGUGAGGGAUGAGUUACUGAGAGUAUCAGCGGCGAAAUUAACCGAGAGUAAUCGGGUGAAAGCCGAAACUGAACUGGUUAGACAGCAACAAGAAAUAUUGGCUUCGCAUGAUCCCGAUACCAUAGCAGCAGAAAAGUUCUAUGGAAAUUUAUUAGAAAGAGUCGACACGAUACUUGGAUCAAUCGGAGCGAGAGAAACGGGAUGUAAAGAAAGAGCUGUUUGCGCUUUAUACAGAGAUCCUUUUAAGCACGCACCGUAUAGCAAUCUAGUCUCGAAUGAACUAAGCAAAGAAUCCAGUGAGCUUGUACCGCCGGCUGACAGCAAAAUGGCGCUGCAUUACUUCAGAUACGUUCAAGCUGCGAGAGACGGACAGGAAUCAAAAGACUGCGUUACUAUAUAUCCAAAAUGUAACAUAGACUACAAUAAAAAAUAAUAAGAAACAUUUAACACCAUAGUAGAAAAAAUAAAUGAAAGCA